CUUUCCACCGCCCUCGAAAGCCUAAUCCCGUCCGCACCACGAAAACAAUACGUACAGCCUCCCAUUCACUUGCCGUUACCCCGCCGACCGAGUCACUCCAAAGCACCGUUUGUCCUGGCUACAGCGCGUCACCAAUGCGCAACGCGACCUGCCCUUCCAUCGCCGCGAGGUGAAAGCUACGGUCCGAAGCCCUGUGAAGGAGAACAACGACAAUGUCGGGGCCCCCGCCCGGGGCUCCUGGACGGGCCAUGAGCGUAGGAGGAACUGGGCCUCCCAGCGCGGGGCUCCAGCCGCAACAUGGGAUGCCUUCGCAGCAGAGCUCUGUCCCACCGCCAACAGGAGGUUCCUCGGGGUCGCAGUCGCAACAGAAUCUGAAUCAAAUUGUCUUAGAAUAUCUCAGCAAGAAAGGCUAUGUCCGCACGGAGGCGAUGCUCCGCAAGGAGUCCGACCCGGUGAACGGAAGCCCGCUGGUAUCGCAGAGUGCCGAGACGGGAGGGCCGAAAUACACGAAAGCGUUCGACUUGCUGCGGAAAUACACCGAAGAUAACUUGGAUCUCUACAAGCCCGAGCUGCGCAAGCUGCUGUGGCCGAUAUUCGUAUACUCUUUCUUGGACCUUGUGCGCGAGUAUUUCACAAAAGACGCCGAAAACUUCUUUGGCACCUAUCGGGCCUUGUUCGAGCGCGAUCACGAAGACGAUGUCAAGACUCUCAGCGCAAUACGGCUGCCGCCGCAUCUGCAGGACAGUCGCGUGGCGAAGCUGUAUCUGGAGAACAAGUACCGACUCACAUUGACCAUGAUGCCCUUUUAUAAUCUUAUCCAGUUUUUGGAGUCGAAGAUGUUUGAGGGCGGGCAAGCGCUUAUGGAUGUUAUCCGCGAUCACCUCAAUAUCGUCACAGUCGACCGAACAGCUACCGCAGAGAAGAGUAUCGCAGCGAUUUUGGCAAGCGGGCAGGGCGAUGAUGAUCUCCCUGCCGAAGACGAAGGCAUUCCCGGACACAACCCUGGACAUCCGCUCACACAGCGGCAUGAUCCGGAAGCAGACGCAGCUCGGAUACGGCUGACCUUAGGGCCAUAUCCUCAGGAUCAGGAUUUGCAGGAUGAUGUGCGGGCGGCGCUUCAAGAGGAGGACGCCAAGAAUACGCCAAGGCCGGGCCAGUCGUCGUUGGUUGAUGAGUUUGAACAGCGCAUCAAGCGCGAGCCCACCGACGACGUCCCUUCGCGGGAUAUGGUACCGUUGCCACCAUCGCUAGCCAGAGACGUAUCCAUGGAAGUGCAAAAAGUAGUAGAGCACCGCGACCGCUACAGGAUGGAGGGCAGGACGGGCGGCGUCGGCCCUGCCGUGAGCGUCACCAUGUACACUUUCCACAACACGUUCGACAGCAUCAAUUGUAUCGACUUCUCCGGAGAUAACCACCUCGCCGCCGCCGGCAUGGCUGAGUCCUACAUCAGAGUAUGGUCCCUCGACGGCAGCAAACUUCUCUCUACUGUUGAGGAAAACAACGAUCAAGCGACCUCUUCUCGCCGGCUAGUAGGUCAUUCCGGUCCUGUCUAUGCGGUCGCCUUCUCUCCUGCGACCGUCAACCCUGAUCCAAGUGGGCCUCCAACCAACGCACAAUAUCUUCUGUCCGCAUCCGAAGACAAGACCGUCCGACUGUGGUCGCUGGAUAUGUUCACAUGCUUAGUCGCAUACCGCGGCCACGACAAUCCUAUCUGGGACUUACAAUGGGGACCAUAUGGACACUACUUUUUGACAGGCUCUAAUGAUCGGACGGCUCGGCUGUGGGCAACGGACCAUAUUGAACCACUGCGGAUAUACGUCGGACAUGAUAACGAUGUCGACUGCGUCGCAUUCCACCCCAACAACCUUUAUAUCUUUACCGGCUCCUGCGAUAGGACGGUGCGGAUGUGGCAUAUUUCUGGUGGAAACUGCUUGCGGCUAUUCACGGGGCAUACUGGCAACGUCACAGCAAUUGCGUGUUCGCCCGACGGCAAGACUCUUGCUAGCGCAGACGACGUCGGCAACAUCAUCCUUUGGACACUGGAGACUGGCCGACGGAAGAAGCGCAUGCGAGGUCACGGCAAGGGUGGGAUCUACUCGCUUUCGUGGAGCGUCGAAUCAACGGUUCUCGUCUCUGGGGGCGCCGACAAGUCCGUUCGCGUAUGGGACGUCUUGCAAGAGACCAACGAGUCCACGAGCAAAGCUGCCGAUGGUACUGCAGCGGCAAAAGCAGACGGUGCGCUUACUACAAAGGGAGCUUCAGGUGCGCCUGUCACCAGCGCCAAGAAAGCUGCGAAAGAGACGGGGGUAUCGCCGGAUCAGAUCAGUGUGUUCCAGACAAAGGACAGCCCGGUUUACAAAGUCAUGUUUACGCGGAUGAACCUGGUGCUUGCGGGCGGAGCCUUUUUGCCUUCGAGAUAGGCCAUUUGACAAUCCCUCUAAGGUAAGCAACCCUGCUUUGCACUCUUAAGUUCGCCUAUGGGCUGCCACCAUUGGACGUUCUUUCCUUCAAUAGUGUGGAUUGGUACUCUCACUAUUCCUUUCAGUGCCCCGGGGUAUUCAUUGGGGAAAAGCGAAAUAUUGCGAGCUACCAGGCAUGAAGAAAAUGGAGAACGGGUGCAGGCGCGGAGGUGUUAUCGAUAUUGGGACGGGACUGGGAAUUUGGGUCAAGGACCGUGUGGUUUGGAGCUAUUUUGGGUCUGUUCUCUUUAUGGAUGCAUUACAUACCAUGGACUUCUGGUAGCUUAGCUUUUUUCGAAUUCAAACACAGUAUUCAUCUUCCCGUG